AUGGAGACCUUCCUAAGCGGUAUCAUGGACGAGGAUGCCAUCUCCAUUGACCUCAUGGACGAGGAGUGCUAUAUCCGUGAAGAUUACGACGCUGAUGACAUGGACAUUGAUACACCGACACACUCAUCCGGCGAGGAAUCUAUCGAUCCUUUUGACUUUGUGUACUCAAACCUCCCAAACAGCACACACAUCCUAAAGCAAGAACCAAACUGCGAACACUGCCAUGCCAAGAAGUUUGAGCGUGAGACCGAUGGUUUCUGUUGUCGAAACGGAAAUAUCAAGCUGGCUGAACCAGAGCCUAUCCCGGAGCUAAUGAGGUUAUGGUCUAGCGCGGAUGCGGACUCUCGACAUUUUCGGGAGAGCUUACGAUUCUUCAACGGCCACUUCUCAUUCACAACUCUUGGCGUCAGCCUAGACAACGACUGCACGAACAUGAGGUCCGGGGUGUACACAUUCCGAGCUCAAGGCAAGUUGUACCACAACAUGCAUUCAUUUGGGCCAAACUCUCGCUCGGAACAUCUACAGCUCUACUUGUACGACGACGAUCCAAGUCUGGUACAUCGCAAGGAAGCCACCAAAGACCUGGACCAAGAGGUCGUGCGGAAGGAAGUCCACAUACUAAAAGGAAACCCCUACUCUGAGAAGUUCAGGAGUUUGGGGGCCCACAAGGACAACCUACAGGACUACCGUAUAGAACUGAACACCGACAAGAAGCUAGACCAACGGAGAUACAAUUUACCGGUGUCGUCCGAGGUGGCUGCGAUCUGGGUCGAGGGCAGCGACCUGGCAAAUAGAUUCAAGUGUAGCAUUACCCUAUACGGAAAUAACAACGAGAGGCAUAGUAUACAUGCCACACAAGGAUGCUAUGACCCGCUCUCGUACCCCCUCUUCUUCCCCAAGGGGGAGCUCGGUUGGCAUCCAAAUCUCCCUAAACGUGAUAAGCCUUGGCACGUUGCGCAGCUAUCAAGAGAGAACCGCGGGGACGAAGAUGGAGGUGCCAAUAUAUGCGUCUCCGCAAGGGACUACUACUGUUACCGACUACAGACGCGUCAGGCUAUAUUCAACCCCAUACUACAUGGAGGGCGGCUCUUCCAACAGUUUGCGGUCGACAUGUACAUAAAGAUUGAUGGUUGCAGGUUGAGUUGGGUCAGGGAGCACCAGCUAGAGAUACGUGCCGAUAUAUAUAAAGGCAUUGUGGAUAGCAUCACGGCUGGAGAGACUCGGGCAAGCGCUGUUGGGACAAGGAUUGUUCUCCCGUGGAAGUUCCAGGGGGGCUUCCGAGACAUGAAGUGCAGGCAUAUGAACGCCAUGGCGUUGGUGCAGACGUACGGCAAGCCUGACAUCUUCCCGACGAUGACCUGCAACCCAAAUUGGCAGGAGAUACAGGAUGCACUACUUCCAGGACAAACCCCGCAAGACCGACCAGACAUUGUGGUCCGAGUGUUUAGGUCCAAGCUGGAGACGAUGAAAGAGAUGCUGACCAAGAAGCAUAUCCUGAGCGUUGUGAAGGCCUAUGUCUAUGUGGUCGAGUUCCAGAAGAGGGGCCUCCCACACGCCCAUUUUCUGUUGAUCAUGGAUUCAAAAUAUAAGCUCAUUGUGCCAGAGUAG